AUGUUGCUGCCUCUUCUUCUUUUCCGUUGCUUCAUCAAUGCCAUUGCCCUGUCUGACCGACUAUCACCGUACAUGUCACAAGGGCGCGUAGCUGUCGUUACUGGUGCAUCACGAGGAAUCGGGCGCGCAAUUGCUGUACAACUCGGAACAGAGAACUUCACUGUCUACACGUUGGGCAGAUCAAGUCGAAAGUCGUCAUCGCCCAUACCAGGGCAGCGUCCUGUCGCUGAAGGAUUGGACCUUACUGUCGAGUCCGCAGCAGAAGAGGUUAGCAGACGGGGGGGGGAUGGUCAUGCGAUUGUAUGUGAUUUAUCGAAGGACAAUGAAAUCGAUCGGAUACUUUCUGAGAUUUUUGCAGCUGAGGGAAGGCUCGAUAUACUUGUUUGCAGCGCAUUCGCCGUUCCGCUUGGAACUAGCAUACGAGGCGAUUUUUGGCAACAAGAUAUGGAUAUGUGGUCAACUCUAAUGAAUGUUGGACUGAGGCAAGUGUAUGCUGCUUGUCGAGCAGCAGCACCUUCGAUGAUCGAGACAGCAAGGACUACAAAAAAAGCACCGCUUAUAUGCCUAGUUUCUAGCUUUGGCGGUAAAUCUUACACCUUCAACGUGGCAUAUGGAGUCGGAAAAUGUGCCGUUGAUCGUCUGGCAUCAGAUAUGGCGUACCAAUUGAAGAAGCAUGGCGUGGCCUCCAUUUCUCUGUACCCCGGCCUCGUGAAGACAGAGGGCAAUCUGGCAAUGGUUGAAGAUGGUAGCUGGGAUGAGGCUAGCGGAGGCCUUGACCUCUCACAGGGCGAAUCGCCGGCUUUCUCAGGCAAGGCGGUUGUACAACUCACCAAGCUAAAUAGGGAAGAAAUAUUGGAACGCUCUGGAAACGUGGAGGUUGUGGCUGAAUUGGCAAAUGAGUUUGGAUUCACGGAUAUUGACGGAUCGCAGCCGCCGUCAAUUCGAAGUCUGCGCUAUCUUCUCCCCAACUUCGUUUUUCCGCAAGUCGAAAAGGAAGCUGGAAAACCUAUUCCACAGUGGAUCAAAAACAAUGUUCCAGAUUUGCUGGUGCCAUGGUCCGUGUUUUCAUCCCCCCCUCCCUCCUAA